AUAUGGUUCUUUUAUAGAACUUCCCACGGUAUAUCCUCUCUUACACCUCCCUUGUGGAUACCUCUACAUUGCUUGACGCGCGAUAUCCUCCUCCAAUAAUCAACCGACGAACCAACUCAAAGCCAACCCAUAAUGACAGAAUUGUCUAUGAAGAGCGAUACCAUUAAGCGGCGCUGUUCCUUCCGCUCAGACUUCAAGCCAUACACCGACGACCCACCUAGUAUCGAAAUAGACCAAUUUGACGCGUCUCCGUUUUCGGAAUCGUUCUCUGGGAUGCUCGGUGAAGAUGAGUUACUCGGGACAGAGAGUCGUACAGCAAAUAUCCAUACCCUCGGCCCAAAGGACGUAGAGUUGAGUUUCAACGUCGAGCAAAUCACCGAUAUCAAGGAGAUCGACCCUGAAUGGGACGAUGAGGAGAUUGACGAACUACUCGUUCUCUCACCAAAGAUGCCAAACCGACUAUCGACGAUCAUGAAAGACCUCCAAGAGCUCGACAAGAGGGCAAACAGCAUCUCCACGUUGUCGGAUUUCGACCUCAUCUCUGAAUCUAAGGACGGGACUGGGAUUUGCUUGGUCCGCAAACGGGGUACGAAACAGACUUAUACGAUGAAACGAUUCAAAACUAGCCCCUCCCAUGCGUGGCCGCUCGAACUGAACGUCUUGGAGAUGAUCAACGACCGAGAAGCGCCGUUCUUACCCAAAAUUUGUUGGAGGGUGUUUGAAGAGGGCUGUUUUUCGCUUAUCAUGAAAUCGUAUCCCGGUGGUAGUCUUCUUCAUUUCGUCGAACAGAAUGGUCCUCUUCCCCGACUUCACGCCACGUUAUAUGCGUCUGAACUUGUAGAAGCGCUCUCUGUGAUUCACGCUGCCGGGAUUCAGCAUAGGAAUAUCAGUCCUGCCUGUAUCAUGAUUGAUGCUACCGGCCAUAUCGUCCUCGUCGGUUUUGAACACACGUGUGUUGAGACUGAGCAUACCCUAUGCGCAUCUGGCGCCGUUCGUUGUGCAGAACAAGAACAUAAAUACCAGGCACCGGAACUUCUUCUCGGCUGGACGCACGACUAUGCGGUAGACUGUUGGGGGUUUGGAUGUGUUUUGUAUUUCAUGAUGUAUGGUCUGCAUCCUUUUCCUGUGGGUAUCGGCGGCUGUGAUUGGCGAGAGAGCGUUAUUCGCGGCCAGGUAUCGUACCUCGACCAAGGUGAGCAAGUCGCAUGCGAGCUUAUGAGCGCGUGCAUGGAACCAAAUCCUGCUUUCCGAAUGGAUAUCCUGGAAAUCAAGGGCCAUGAUUUCUUUGCUUGUGUGAAUUGGAGUUUGGUUCAUGAAAAGAACGUUGAAGUGCCUUAUAUCCCUCUAUCUGAUUCUGUUGCUGCCAUGAAGGACAAGUCCGCAAGCACCAUCUCCAUCGAAACCGUUCGCAAGCCUAUUUCAAUCUCCACGACGACGCCACAAUGCUCUUCAUCCGAAUGGGAUGCGCAAACACAAACACCCGCCCCAGCCUACAGUGUCAAAGCAUCUCCCUCAAUGUUUUCGUCGAAAGCCCGGCAAGAAGUUCAAGACUCUCUUCCCUCGAUUUUCCGUAUCGGUCAUGAGAAGAAGCUUGAUGAGCCAAAGCCACUCUAUACAAGAUCAAGGUCUUCAACCGUGGAAACUACGUGCUCUUUAGAUCCUGUGGACAUGUCGAACGUCGAUUACACCGCUCUACCUUCUCCCGCACCGACUUAUGAUUCCCUCCGACGCCGUCUUGAUUGUACACCUAGUCUCACGCAGGAAGAACGUAUGGCGCGAUUUUGGGAAUCCUUGGACGACGAUAUGAAGAUGAAGACUCCGGAUAUGGCGCGCUGUUCGGGCGAGCUGCCGUACUUGCCACGAUCAUUGGUGUUUUCUAACAAGUUACGCAAGAAAUUUGACACUGGCACUGGCACUGCUUCACGAUCCAUGGUUUCUCUAUCACUUGUUGGUUCCUCUACUCAGCGGCUUUCUCAGCUGAUUACUGGUAAAUUUGGUUCGCCGUCAAGUUUGCAACGCGCGCGCGUACUUCGCAAACAUGAGGUUUCCCCGUCGCCGGGGAUGUUGGUGGUACGAUCUGAUACUGUUGAUAUGGAAGAUUCAAAGCUUCCUCAAGGCCUUGAACAUAUUGGUAGCGGGAUUGGCUUUACUUACCGUCCGCCAGCGAUACCUCUUCCUAUCAGCGAUGCUAUCUCUCGAUCCAAAAUAAUGCGGCCCAUAUCGGGGAUUGGGAUUCGCUUCGGGCGGAAGGUGAAAGUGGGCGGAAGGAAAUCGACUCGGUGGGGUGUUUCAGAGACGAACAAGAAGGAGGUGACGACGGUGGGUGUGGGUUGUGGGAGAAAUGAGGAAAGCGAGACGAUGGUGAACGUUGUGAUUGGACGACUGUCGUCCUCGUCGUUCAUACGCGUUGGUGGCCAUGGGCAGAAGUCGAGUUUGGAGAGUGGGAGAGGUCGUUGUUCCGUUGACCGAGAACCACAACACGAUGUUGAUGUUUUUCGAGUUGGGUUGUUACCGGAGGUUGUGUCUCCCGUCACAGAGACGGAGAGUACGGUUAAUAAUUCGCCGUUUGCGGAUAUGGCGUUUUUCGAGACGGAUGGUAAUGGCUUGAUGGGGUCCGAGACGCUGAAGGGGUUAUACCGGGAUCAUGGUGUGCAGAGCACGUUACGCUUGGUUCCAUAG